CUGAGUCCCCGUGUCUCUGUCUCUGUAUCUCCGAGUCCCCGUGUCUCUGUCUCUGUGUCUCUGAGUCCCCGUGUCGCUGUCUCUCUCUCUUAGUCCCCGUGUCUCUGUCUCUGUGUCUCUUAGUCUCUCUACAUCCAAGUCCCCGUGUCUCUAUCUCUGUAUCUCUGAGUCUCUCUCUCUUAGUCCACGUGUCUCUGUCUCUGUGUCUCUGUCUCUCUAUCUCCAAGUCCCCGUGUCUCUGUCUCUGUAUCUCUGAGUCCCCGUGUCUCUGUCUCUGUCUCUCUAUAUCUGAGUCCCUGUGUCUCUGUCUCUGUGUCUCUGAGUCCCCGUGUCUCUGUCUCUGUGUCUCUGAGUCCCCGUGUCUCUGUCUCUGUGUCUCUGAGUCCACGUGUCUCUGAGUCCCCGUGUUUCUGUCUCCGUAUCUCUGAGUCCACGUGUCUCUGAGUCCCCGUGUUUCUGUCUCUGUAUCUCUGAGUCUCUCUCUCUCCGAGUCCACGUGUCCCCCAAGUGGCUUGGGCCCGUGACUGGCCAUGGCAUCGCGUGUGGAAUGGGCGCUGUGGGCCAAUGAGCUAGCUCUGAUGUCCGGAGUCAUGCUGAUGAUUGGUGGCCUCGUUGCGGUGGUGGAGGAGUGUGAACUCUGGGGGUUAUCGGCGGUGGGUCUGGCUCUGGGCUCGCUGGUGUCACUCAUCGAGUACCCGCGCGGGGCCAAGGUGGACAAGGAGAAGGUGGACGAGGAAGGGGCCCGGCGUCCUCGCGAGGACACGAGGGCUCAGCGACGGGAGGAGGAGGCCGCUCCACGCAGAGCCCCGGCCGGCGAGCCCAAGCGUCGGCCACGGCGGGCUCAGGAGCUGCUGGAGCGGCUGGUGGAUGCCCUGGGAAUGGUCACCACCUCCUACUACAGCCGCGCGCUGCUCUACACCACGAUGAGCAUCCCCUGCGGCUUCACGCUCUCCACCUUCCUUGGAAGCAUCAGCCUGUUCCUUGCAAGCCUCCUUUACUUGCGGGCGGCGGUGGCCGGGGAGUCAUGGGUCAGCGGACGCGCCCGACCCCGCCACGAACGCCGCGUCGUCGCCGCCUGUUUCAUCCACAUCCAGCGCCAACUCUCGUCGGUGACGUGGAGGCUCGGGGCCUCCGGCACGGACGAUGACACGGCGGCGGCGGCGGCGGCGACACCGGUCGGCGCCUCGGAGCGUACGCCGCUGCUGGCACCGUGAGACCGCACGUCUCCCGGCACGCGUCGGUGGCGCUACCGAUGAAACCCGCGGGGUCGUUUUGGUUUUGCGUCGCCACUCGGGAAGUCAACUCUUUGAAUGGCGAGGGAUUGAUAAUUGUUUUUUCACCCUUCUAUCUGGCAACAAAACUGACACCUUUUUUUUACAAGGAGUCAUGUUUGCAUAGACCACAAUACCUGCAGUCGUAAUGCAAACAAAAAACAUAACUCUGAAAAUUUGUUGCCAGAUAGAAGGGUAAAAAACCAAUUAUCAUAUUUUUUA